GCGGCGAAUAGACGUACAAAAGAAAAAACAGCAAAAACUACAAACAUAUACGAGAAAAGUACAAGGUUUUUAAACGUUUAGAAUUAAAAUUCCCUAAAAGCUUUUAAUAUUUUUUUAUAAAAAUUUAAUAAAAACCAAUUGUUUAUAAUAACAACUUAACAUGGCUCUUGUCAAACCGAAAUCUGAGUUGACUCCCGAAGAAUUGGCACGCCAAGAAGAGGAGGAAUUCAAUACUGGUCCCCUAUCUGUGCUGACACAAUCUGUAAAGAACAACACACAGGUUUUAAUUAAUUGCCGCAAUAAUAAAAAACUUUUGGGCAGAGUAAAAGCCUUCGAUCGCCACUGUAAUAUGGUAUUGGAAAAUGUUAAGGAAAUGUGGACGGAAAUACCACGUACAGGAAAAGGCAAAAAGAAAGUAAAACCUGUAAACAAAGAUCGUUUCAUAUCAAAAAUGUUCUUAAGAGGCGAUUCAGUUAUAUUGGUUCUAAGAAAUCCUUUGGCCACAGCAGCUGGAAAGUAAAAGGAUGAUCAAGACACAGCCUACAGUUUUAUAUUUAAGUAACUGAAUUUGAGAGAAAAACUAAAAAUUUUUAUUUUAGUUUAUUUUACUUUGCGUAAAAAUAUGAAUAAAUUUUUAUUAAAAAAAAAGAAGAAUCAAAUAAUAAUAAUAAUAUAUUAAUUAUCCUCAGAUAACUGGGCAUGUAAAAUGGGUACAUAGUCAUCAUAUUGAGCCUGAUAAAAAUUACCAGCCAGAGGAGCACCCAAAUUGUAUUUUUCAGCAAAUUUAGCUGCCUUGAAAUUGGGUCUAUUACGACGUGAAUUAUUGCCAACAUGGGGUUCAUCAAUGUCUAACUUUCCUGGUUGUUUGUAUAAAAGGAAAAUGUAACGAUGUAGACCAGUACCUUUGGGUGGUCCUGAACCCACAUAAGCAGCUACCACUUGACCUUGAUCAAUUUUAUUACCGGGUAUAUUGGCAACCAAC